UACAGAUCCCUCCACUGUUGUUCCGGAAGGCGAACAACAUACGAAAGAUUUAACCAUGGAUCUUGUGCUGAACGUUGCUGACUAUUAUGUCCUCACGCCGUAUGUGUACCCUGCGUCGUGGCCUGAGGACGGGGCACUGCGGCAGAUCAUCAGCCUGCUGGUGCUGACGAACCUCGGGGCUGCGGUCCUGUACUUGGGCCUGGGAGCCAUCAGCUACUUCUUCAUCUUCGACCACAAUCUGAUGAAACACCCGCACUUCUUAGAGAAUCAGGUUAAGAGGGAGAUCAAAUAUGCGAUGACCUCGUUGCCCUGGAUCAGCAUCCCUACAGUGGCCUUGUUUUUCGCUGAAGUUAGAGGAUACAGCAAACUGUACGACAGGGUCGAUGAAUCUCCGCUGGGUUGGCCUGGGCUCUUCCUGAGUAUGAUCUCCUUCCUGUUUUUCACUGACAUGUGUAUCUACUGGAUUCAUCGCUUCCUACAUCAUAAGCUUAUUUAUAAGCUGUUUCACAAACCACACCACUUAUGGAAGAUCCCCACCCCCUUUGCCAGCCAUGCCUUUCAUCCAGUAGAUGGCUUCAUGCAGGGACUCCCAUACCACAUCUACCCCUUCCUCUUCCCCCUCCACAAGGUGCUCUACUUGGCCCUGUACAUUUUCGUCAACAUCUGGACUAUUUCUAUCCACGACGGCGACUACCGUGUCCCCAGCGGUCUGACAAGUGUCAUCAAUGGCUCAGCUCACCACACUGACCACCACCUCUUCUUCGACUUCAAUUAUGGCCAAUACUUCACUCUGUGGGACCGCCUGGGAGGCUCCUACAGGCACCCGUCAGCUCUGAUAGGGAAGGGUCCCCACGAUCUGAUCCGGAAACUUCAGGCAGAGGGAAAGUUAGGAGAUGACAGAGUGAAGGCUAAAGGGCAAGUGAACAGACAUGCUCAGAGAUUAGUCACAUGUAAGGAGGAGUAAAAGUAGGGGAAAUUACGAUUAAUCAGCGCUUUCUGAAAGUGAUCACUAUUUUUGUAAAGACAAUGUGAGACACCCAUAUUUAACUGGAAGACAUAUUGGAGAAUAAUUUGAGUUCCUGUUCUUGCCAAAUAAGCCGUUGUGAGAUUUAAAAUUCUAGUGAAAUAGGUACAUGUAAAAUGGCUGCCCCUGGAUUGACAUCACUGUAGGCAAGCUUUGGGAUCACUACAUUUUCUGACAUACCAAUCAUGCCAAUAGGCAAGGAGCAGAUUACUAUCAGGAGCUGGGUCUGUCGUCUUGCAGGGCUUGUUAUUGAAGCAGGGAAUGAUAAAGUGACCCCUUUUGCGUAUGCCACAGAAGAGUUUAGAGGAAAAAGCUUUUUGAAAAUCAUGAAAUGACAGAGCCAAGAGACAUGAGGAGCAACAAAACGCUGGAGCUACUUGAGCUUCUACACUGCACUACACUUCUACAGUGAAAGACUAACUUUGAAUGGAAGUUUGGCUUUAUGAUCAAGAACAAGGUGUGGUUUCACAAGAAACGACCUUGACUUAAACUUAGAUUCAACGUGUAGUUCAGCAUUGUAACUUAAGACUGAAACACAUGGCAAACCAACAAGUGCUUGAAAGAAAAAUGAUGGUAUUUUCCAACAGUUCUCAUAAUUAUGGCCAUUCUGACUAAUGGCUAUGGCUAACUUUGCACUUGACUCCUCAGUUACAAACAUACAACUCAAGCAAAACUGUGUACAGUAUAUUGAAGCAAGCAGUACGGACCUCCUAAAGCUUUCCAAAAUAAACUUAAAUUUUACAGAAAUAAUUUCAGUUUAAAUUCAACUGAAAGACAAGACAAAAUUAGCCCCCUGGAUUAGCUAUAGCCUGCAUAGGGUUUUACUUAUGGGGCAACCAGCAGCAAGACUCAGUUGAGAAAUACCAGAAUUUUCCUUUAAGGUACUCCACUCUCUUCCCUUUUGCAGAAUUUUUUUCCCUUCUUGUACAGUUUAGCAGUUAUAAGUCCACUUUACCAGACAAUGAACUGUAGCAAUAGCAGCAAUAAUUUAUUAGAAGUAGCUAUCACAGUCAAGUGUUUAAAUGAUGUAUAGUCAAUACAAUUGUCAAAGGUAAUCAGAAAAGCUUUUAAAAGACAUCAGAAAUUGUUCCAACAUAUGGUGGGCAGGCUCAUUGUUUUGAGGGAUGUAAAGAAAGUUUUAUGGGAUAAACAAUGGUGCCACAGUAAUUUUUACCUUGGAAACACAGAGCUUCUGAGAUAUUACUGUAAUAGGGCUGCUGACGUAUUCAUCUUAAAAUUACUUUGUCUGUUCUCUAUCAUAUCGGGACUAUCUCUCCACUCCGUUACAUAUUCCAUAUAUACGGCGAUGAUCCCCCUGCUGUCAAGGUACGUGGAUACUUCUUUAAAACACACCAGGUGGCCCAGUCAAGCCCCACAGUUCACCUAUAAAGCACCUGUGCUGGUGUGUAAUCACUUAUUGUUUGAUCUCCACCUGAGUCAAGGUGUAGUGUCUGUUUUCUGAAAGUGCGUGAGAAGUGAAGGACAGUGUGCGAGUUGCAGCUUGUCGUCCGCUUACCUGCAUAAAUUGUAGCUAAGCAUCUGUCUACGGGCAGCCUCCCUGCCGCUUCAGGGAACAGGUGCUGGGUCUGCUUCCUCUGUAGCCGGCUGGGCCUCUUUUGUUUGUCUCCCUACGUCAGCUUUGCGUCUUGCGGGCUGAUUUGAGUGGCUGCUAUGUCCACAUGUUUGGCCUCUGCGUCUUGUGGGGCCUUGACGUGGUUGGUGUGUGAAUAGUGUACAUUUGUAAAUAGUUCGUUUGUCACAUAUCGGUGUUUUGGGCUUGUGGGCUGCACUGUCUCCUCACAGGGUGUCUUAAAGAGUUACCCUGUACAUAUGGAAUAUGUAACAGAGUGGAGAGAUAGUCUCGAUACGAUAGAGAACGUUUGGUUACGUUGUAACCUUUGUUCUCUGAGUGAGAGACUAUGUCUCCAGCUUGAGGCCGCUCGGAGACACGUUUCGAUCAAACUAUCAGUGAUUACACGCCAGCACAGGUGCUUUAUAGGUAAGCUGUGGGGCGUGACCGGGCAAGCUGGUGCCUUAAAGAAGUAUCCAUGUACCUUGACAGCAGGGGGAUCAUCCCCGUACAUAUGCAAUAUGUAACGGAGUGGAGAGAUAGUCUCUUACUCAGAGAACCAAGGUUACAAUGUAACCAAACGUUCUCAAGCUGUUUCACUCACAUUAGACUAGUCUAAAGCAAAACUUUACACUGGCCUAUCUCAGCAGACCAGUGAUCCCCUAAUGGCGUCAACUUGGUAUGAUGAGGCUACGAAUCCUUUUUUUUUAUAUAAGAAAAGAAUGAAGUUUCCUGUUUCCUUGGUUUCAGGUUCUGCAAGAAUUGUUCAGUAAUACUGGUUAUAAGGGACAGCUGGGAUAUGCUUCCUUAAAUUACAUUAAUUUAAGUUACUGUAGUUUCAGUUUUUCUUAACCAUUACACAAAAUUAUACACUGGAUCAUGCAAAUAAUGUAAGAUAACAUUUUUCACAGUUCAUGUCUUCUCUGUCUCUUGAGGUGAUUUCGAGGUGAUUGCAUCAUCAUUAGUAUGAGAAGAAAACACCUUUGCUACUAAUCAGAACACGUUGGUACAGAGUUGACAUACUUUUUGGAUAUAAACGACUAAUAAAAACAAAAAUGCAGCUUAUUCACUGUAUUUCCACUUUCAAA